UCUUUUGAGUUAUCUGCCAUUGUUACAGGAGGGAGGCCGUAAUCGAUACAAAGCCAUGAUUGGUCCCUGAACAUAGAGUCCUUAGGAGAAGAAGGCGAUGUUCAGUCAGUGAGUUCGGACCUGUCAUCCGAGAGACUGAAGACUAUGAAUGUCGUAAACUAAGUUCCUGAAUGAAACGAUGCCGUGCUAGUCAUAAUAAGAUAAGAAUAAGAUAAUGCCCAUUCUCAACAUGGAUACUGGACAUUGCACGUGUUGGUCUAGAAGACGAAAGACGCCGUUGACGUUUUCUUCGGUGUACUUUCUUGUGUUCAUACUUUCGAAGAUUUGUUCAGAAAGCCUGGCUUUGUUCAAACCCAAUGUUUCUUACUUAUCCACGCUUCCAUCUCAUGUUGAUAACGAAAAUGCUAAAACUAUGUUCGAACGGUGGAGUAAUACUAGUGACAAGACUAGUGACAAAACGGAACAACUUAAACUGUACAAGUCUCAGCUCGAACUUAGGCAACCAGUCGAUUUCGAAUUUGACACACCGCAACUUCUUUCCACCACUUUGGAUUCUAAUUAUGUUCCCGUUAAAGCCAGAAAAUCUUCAGACGUUUUAGCGUCAUCUUUUAAAAAACGUCCGUGGUUUCAUUCUUGGAGCGGAAGAAAGAGAAACAUUGUUCCUACUUUUAGCUCAACAGGUGACGAAGCUGCUCAAUAUUUAAGAUUUAUUGGGUCUAAAAACCCUCACAGGAACACUAAGAUUUGGAACAAACUUACAGCAGUCAAUCAAGAGUCUUCAGAAGAUAAUAAAAUUAGUCAAAUGGGGAAACAAGGUGACGCCCUUGAUUCGAAACAUGUACUUGAAAAGAGUUCAGUGGAUGAUGACCAAAAUAUGCAAACAAAGCCACAACACACUAUCAAGAUAUCGAAAUGGGACAAUACAAAUAAAAUAGCUGACGACGACACGAUAAGACUACAGUCUAACAGUUUAAAAUAUAGAAAGGGAAAAGUAUCAAACAGUAGGCUCAGGAGAUCUAGGCAACUCACUCCAGGUUACGAAGACUUCAGUGUGAAUCUUCCGCCAAGCAGUGACUAUCUAUCAGAAGCCGAGCUGACACAAACUUGGAUUAGAAAUACGUGCUUACUGUUAGAAUCUUCUUCAUUUCGUCUUUUGGCCAACAAAUACGGAAAGAAAUGUUUUCUUCAACCUUAUAAAAGAUUCAUCAUCGCAAGACAUAGACCGGACAGAUUAAUAAGUCCAGCGGUAAAUGUCUUCUACCGUACAGAGCAGGACAAUGACCUAGGGAAUGAUAAGCUAGCCAAUGCCAAUAUUAACACGAAUCAACCAUUUCAAAUUUUCAGUACUGUUUCAUUAGGAGAUGAUCUGAAUGCCCACCAUGGUUUCCAGCUUAUCGACAAAGAUAAAGACCUUUCCAUCAGUGAUCGCUUCGAGCUCAACAUACAUGACAUAAGAGACCAAAGGAUAUUUAAUUUUGAUCCAACUUUGGAUCAGUCGGGUAAUGUGCGACAAACUGCAUAUGUUCAAGAUUGCAUUGAAAUUUUAAGCGAUCCAGACUGUAAAGACGUCAUAAGAGAAGUCGAAAACAUUGUUUUUCAAAGAAAAGUUUCAAUACCACUGGAAGAAUUAUCAAAGAACAUACAAUUUAGUGAAAUGCUGAAUAAGGAACAGAGUAAUGAUAUUAUCAAUCUAAACAGUGAUAGGCCUAACAUUGGCCACAAGACCACAGAAGGUAUUAGUUUAGAAGCUUCAGACAAAACUGGCCCAGAAGAUAGUUCACUUAAAGAGCUAGAUAACAAGCUGACAGAAGGUAAAAAUACUAUGAUUACAGAUUUCUUAACAGUACCAGAGGACGAUGACUCCAAUCUGAAAUCAACUCAUUUAUUGAGCACUAAACAAACUUUGAGAGACUAUGUAACAAACAGCGAUACAUUUCCAGUCUUACAGUGGAACGAGAACUCUCACGAAACUAGUGACAAUCGAGCUACAGAUCUUGAUGCAAAGUCAUCAGAACAGCUUCAACGUUACUCAAGCAGCUCCGUUCAGGACGACUUGAAUGAUCUGCAGCCCUUUCUUCAGGCGUAUGCGAAUCUUUUAGCAACGAAAUCAGCUCGUUAUUCGAAUCCUUUAUCUACAGAUUUCACCGACGUGUCGGCUUUACAUGACAUUGACCAAGAAGGAAGCAGCCAGCAAAGCUUAGGGCACAUACCAUCAAACAUUCAGCUCUUAAAAAGUUCCCCUGAAAAUGUGAAAGCACAAAAGGAAAUAAAUAAUGCAGAUGUUUCUAACAUGCUAUAUUUAAAUUCAUACCCAGUGGAUGACGGAAGUCUCAAAGGUAAACUCCAUGGGUUAAGAAAAUUGGAUUUUGAUAACAAUAUUCAAAGAUCUUCUAUGGAUUCCGAUUUAGUGGAUCUAAUUGACAAAAGACCUUCUUUCCAUUCUUGGUCAGGAAAACGAAACUUACAAGCAAGCGAAAGAAAGAUUCCAAAACGACCUUCGUUUCAUUCUUGGUCAGGAAAACGAAAUGAAGGUCUACCGACAAGUGAAAUAGAAAUUUCAAAAAGACCAUCUUUCCAUUCUUGGUCAGGAAAGCGAAACGUUGGCAUGCUGUCUAAAAGACCAUCUUUCCAUUCUUGGUCAGGAAAGCGAAACGAUGACAUGCUGUCUAAAAGACCAUCUUUCCAUUCUUGGUCGGGAAAGCGAAAUCUACCGACAAGUGAAAUAGAUAUUUCCAAAAGACCAUCUUUUCAUUCUUGGUCAGGGAAAAGGGACGAACAUGUCAAUGGAAUCAGAAAGAGAGCCUCAUUUCACUCGUGGUCUGGAAAACGUAAUGCUUUUCAAAGUACACUUUCUAAAAUACCUUCUUUCCAUUCUUGGUCGGGAAAGCGAAAUAUUGACCUUAUGUCAAAAAGACCAUCGUUUCAUUCAUGGUCAGGAAAAAGAGAUGUUGAUAUGUUAUCAAAAAGACCUUCUUUUCAUUCAUGGUCUGGAAAAAGAGAUGUUGAUAUAUUAUCAAAAAGACCUUCUUUUCAUUCAUGGUCGGGAAAAAGAGAUGUUGAUAUGUUAUCAAAAAGACCUUCUUUUCAUUCUUGGUCGGGAAAGCGAAAUAUUGACCUUAUGUCAAAAAGACCAUCGUUUCAUUCAUGGUCAGGAAAAAGAGAUGUUGAUAUCUUAUCAAAAAGACCUUCUUUUCAUUCAUGGUCAGGAAAAAGAGAUGUUGAUUUGUUAACAAAAAGACCUUCUUUUCAUUCAUGGUCAGGAAAAAGAGAUGUUGAUCAAAACUUAAUAUCAAAGAGUCCAUCUUUACAGUUAUGGUCAGACCAAAACUUGAUAUCAAAAAGACCAUCGCUUCAUUCGUGGUCAGGAAAAUGAAAAUAUCAGAAUUAGGUUUUGAAGUCACUUUUAUUCUACACUUUUGGUCAAGACAUUUUAAAUUUCUAAAGUUCAUGUCAUGUCUCUGUAGAGACUUGACCAAAGAUUUAAUAACAUUUUAGAAAUAGUUAUAGAUUACUUUGUUCUUGUCUGAUGCGGAUAAAAACUUGGAACAGUUUGGACUAUCUUUUGAGUGAACAGGUCAAAAGUAAUUUUAGUGAAGUCAAUCAUACAAAAACAUUUAUUUUUCAAACAUGAUAUUACUACAACACAUCAAGAUUAUUUUAUAAAAAUACACCGAAGAAAAAAUAUAGCGUUAGUUUUUCUUUUCUUUUUUUCUUUCUACUUUUUUAUGUUGGUAAUUUUUUGUUUACAUUUCAUUUACUGACUUGUCUACCAAAAAUAUGAAACAAAACAAAGCUGAACGCUCAAAAAUAAAUUAUCUGAAAAUUGUUUAAACGCACGGUCUUUACUGUAUUGUAGUUGCUAUUAAAUUUAGUAGGCUAAGUAUUUUACUCAUUGCAACAAAAGUUCCCAGAAGUUUUACAAUAAGGAGAAAAAUACAGAAAUCAAUAGGCAGGUUUAGUCUAUUUAUAUAUUUCAUAAAGUUCAUUUCUUGGCAGUUUGUCCCUUUUUUAUGUAGGCCUAAUCAAAUCACUAAGCUAGUUUAUUUUUUUUUAUUCACGGAAGAAAGAAAAUGUUUAUUUUAUAUUGAUUAUUACCAACUAUGAGUGGAUAAAAAUAGGUAACUAGCUUGUUCCGGUGUACAGAAUAUAGAAAGUGUUGAUAAUCUGUUUAUUUUUUACAGUUUUUGAUAAUUUUUCUUUACUAUUAAAUUAAAGUUCUUUGGCUUGCA